GUGAAUUCUGAGCGUUGGUCUCCCGGAUCCAGGGAGCGGCGCGCGUGGCAAGUAAAGGAGGCAAGACACAUUCGGAGGAAAGAAAGAGUGUAAAAACCAGAUAAAGGCACCUUGAUGCUCACCCAGACCUCCCUGGGCCCCAGCACGAGACUGCAGGACAGCGGGGACCUCACCAUGAACUCCGAGUCUUGCUUGAGUGCCAGCACCAUGGCCAUCCCCACCAUCACCAGCAGCAGUGGCUGCAGUAGCAGUAACACCAGUGCCCUGCCUGCCAGCUCCGUGGACAUGCAAAUGUGCUUCCCAAAGAAGCCAGAGAAAGUGAAGAAGAGGGUCGUCUGGGGCAUUGAGGUGGCAGAGGAGCUGCAGUGGAAAGGCUGGGAGCUAGGGAAAGAGAUCACUAAGCUCUUGGUUCUAAAAAAUCUAUCCUUCAAAACCCAGAAGAUGAAGUACAGACCCCCCAAGAGCAAGUUCUUCUUCACAGUCAUCCCUCAGCCCAUCUUCCUGAGCCCGGGCAUAACCUUCACACUCCCCAUCAUCUUCCGGCCUCUGGAGGAGAAGGAGUACCUGGACCAGUUGUGGUUUGAGAAAGAAGAGGGAGUGUUCAGUGUGGACCUCAGGGCCACCCUGCCCUGUCACAUGCUGAUCUGCCCGCCGUCCCUGCAGCUGCCCACGUGUGCCGUGGGGGACAUGGUCGAAGCUUGGUUCUGCCUGGACAAUGUGGGGGACCUGCCCUCCAUCUACAACUGGGAGCCCCCCAACCCAUUCCAGAUGCUGCCCACCACGGGGCUGCUGGAGCCAGGCCAGACCUGUCGCAUCAAGGUGACCUUCCAGCCCCCCAUGGCUGUCAUCUACGACGUUGAGGCCUCGUGCUGGUAUGGGGAGAGGGGCCAGCAGAAGUGCAGCAUCCAGCUACAGGCUGUGGCCAAGUGUGCACAGCUGCUGGUGCGCAUAAGGCAGAAGUGCCCAGAGGACCAGGAUGUGGAGGGCUUCCAGAAAGUGCUACACUUCGGCUCCGUUGCUGUGGGCUGCACUGCUGAGAGGCAGAUCAAGCUGUAUAACCCAUCAGUGGUGAGCGCCCCCUUCAGGAUCGAAGUGGCCCAAGACAUGUUGGUCAAAGACUCGGCCUUCUCAUGCCCCAAGGCUCAGGGCAUCGUGGCCCCAGGAGAGAAGAAAUGCGUGUCUGUGUUCUUCCACCCCAGGACUCUGGACGUCAGAACUAUGGGCUACUUCUCCAUCAUUCCCUCUGGCUGCUCCUCCCAAACCCUGCUCAAAGUUGUUGGUUUCUGUAGAGGUCCCGCUGUGUCCCUGCAGCAGGACUGCAUUGACUUCAAGUGGGUCCCCCUCGGGGAGUGCUCCGAGAAGCCCCUGUGGAUUGAGAACAAGUCAGACUGCACGGCCCACUUUCAGUUCGCCAUCGACUGCCCAGAGAGCGUGUUCAACAUCAGCCCCGCCUUCGGGACCCUGGUGGGCAAGACCCGCGUGGCCCUGCGCUGUGCUUUCCAGCCCACUCACCCCACGCUGUACUUUCGAAGGGUGGCCUGUCUUAUUCACCACCAGGACCCGAUGUUCCUGGACCUGGUGGGCACCUGCCACUCCGACAGCACCAAGCCGGUCAUCCUGCGACCUCAGCAUGUCGCUUGGUACCGCACACACCUGGUGCGAGGCCUGACGCUCUACCCCCCCGACAUCCUGGGCAUCAUGCUGAGGGGAAAAAAGCUGGAGCAGGAUAAGAACGGGGCCCUCAUGAUUCCUCUCGAGGAACUGGAGGACACGCCCGCCCCCAAGUAUCCCCUCAUCCCCCCCAUGGCCGAGUACUUCUUUGAUGGCACCAGCGAUGUGGCCGUCUUCCCCCCGCCUGUUAGCAUAGAGCCGACUGAAGUGGAUUUUGGUGGCUGCUCCCCACCCGAGGACCCCAACCCUGCCCCUCUGUGCCUGAUGAACCACACCAAGGGCAAGAUCACAGUGGUCUGGACGCGUCGAUCGGACUGCCCCUUUUGGGUGACUCCGGAAACCUGUGUGGUGCCUCCACUCAAGUCCAUGGCCAUGCGCCUGCAUUUCCGCCCACCCCAUCCCAACGGCUUCUACUCUGUGGAGCUGGAAGCCUUCGCUGCCUAUAAGGUCCUGCAGAGCUACAACAACAUCGAGGAGGACUGCACCGUGUGCCCGUCCUGGUGCCUGACGCUGCGGGCUCGAGGCCACAGCUACUGUACUGCCUUGGAGCACCACAUCCCCAUCUACUCCCUGGACGCCCCCAAGCUGUUUCCUGCAGUGUCCCCAGGUGAACCCUCCUACUGCAGCCUGCUCCUGGUCAACAAAGGCUCCAUGUUGCUGACCUUCAACCUGGCCCCCCAGAGCAGCUCAGACGUCACCCUGCGGCCCAGCUCCGGCCUCUUGGCCCCUGGGGCCCACCAGAUCUUCCUCCUCUGCACCUACCCCAAGGGCACCGCCUGGAAGCAGCACACUUUCUACUUGCAGUUCAAUUUUUGCCCCCUGUAUCUCAAGGAGGUGAGCAUGCAGAGCCGGGAGGAGCCACUGCAGCUGAAGCUCGAUACCAGUAAAAACAUCUUCUUCAAGCCCACGUGGGUGGGCUGUUCCUCCACCAGCCUCUUCACCUUCAGCAACCCUUCACGUCUGCCCUUGGAGUUCGAGUGGAGGGUUUCCCAGCAGCACCAAAAGAUGCUGGCCGUCCAGCCCGCCAGGGGGGUCCUCCAGCCCAAUGAGAGCCUUACGCUGACAUGGACCUUCAGCCCUUUGGAGGAGACCAAGUACCUGUUCCGAGUGGGAAUGUGGGUGUGGGAGGCCGGCCUGCCCCCAAACACCAAGCCCCCUGCCACCACCCACUACAUGCUCCGGCUGGUGGGCAUGGGCAUCACCAGCAACCUCGCAGCAAAGGAAAAGGAGCUGGACUUUGGGAACAUACUGGUGAACAGCUCACAGUCCAAGUCGCUGGUGCUCCUGAACGAGGGUCACUGUACCCUCCACUACCGCCUGUACCUGGAGCAGAGCAGCCCGGAGCUCGUCCAGGGCUACCCCCUCGCUCUGCAGCUGGACAAGACAGAGGGGAGCAUGCCGCCCCGGUCCCAGGACACCAUCUGCCUGACGGCCUGUCCCAAGCUCCGCUCCCAGUACUCCUGGACCAUCAGCUGCGCUCUCCUCUCCCUCAGAGACAACAAGGUUGGCGAGAGGCGGGAGCUGUGUCGCGUCUUCCUGGUGGCUGUGUACCCCUCGCUCACCAUCCUGGAUGUCUGCUCCAUGGGCAGCACCCAGGGCAUCCCCCGGAAGCACCUCUGGCGCCUCUUCUCCCUGGACACACUCAACAGUUACCUGGAGCGCGACCCCACCCCCUGGGAGCUCACCUACAGUGUCCCCACCCGGCACAGCAUGAGCCAGAUCCCCCCAGUCUUCACCCCUCUGAAGCUCGACUUCAAUUUCGGGGCCGCACCCCUGAAGGCCCCACCCUCUGUGGUGCUCCUGAGCCUGAAGAACAAAGGCGUGGUGCCCCUGGACUGGGCCUUCCUCUUUCCAAGUGACCAGCAGAUCGACCUGGAGCUGUGGGCAGAGCAAGCAGAGUUUGACUUCACUGAGCUGCACCAAAUGCGUGUGCAGGACAAUUCCAUAUUCUCCAUCAACCCCAAGGCUGGGAAACUGAGUCCUGGACAGGAGCAGAUGGUGGAGUUCAAAUACAGCCACCUAUUUGUCGGCACUGAUCGCCUCCCGGUGCUCUUCAAGGUGUCCCAUGGCCGGGAGAUCCUGCUAAAUUUCAUAGGUGUGACGGUGAAGCCGGAGCAGAAGUAUGUGCACUUCACUUCCACUAGACACCAGUUCAUCCCUGUGCCCAUUGGCGAGAUGCUGCCCCCAAGGCAGAUCUAUGAGAUGUAUAAUGGUGGCUCGGUGCCGGUGACAUACGAGAUCCAGACCAACAUCCUGUCACAGGUUCAGGAAAAAAACUUCAAUCACCCCAUCUUCACCUGCCUCAACCCCAAAGGGGAGAUCCAGCCAGGCAUGAUCGCUCGGGUCCUGUGGAUCUUCUCACCUAUUGAAGCCAAGACCUACACGGUGGACGUGCCCAUACAAAUCCUGGGGUGGAACUCAGCCGUCAUCCGCUUCCAGGGAGUGGGCUAUGACCCUCAUGUCAUGGGGGACACCGCCCCGUUCCACAACAUCACCUCAUGGGACAAGAGCUCCGUACAAGCUCGGCUAAUGGUCCCUGGACAGAAUGUCUUCCUGUCCCAGUAUCACAUCUCCCUGGGAAACAUUCCUGUGCAGAGCAAGUGCAGCCGCCUGCUGUUCCUCAACAACAUCUCCAAGAGCGAGACAGUUGUCUUUGUCUGGCAGCUGAGGCCUCUGGAGUUCGGGGAGGUAAGUAUCAGCCCCAUGAGAGGGAAGAUGGGUCCUGAAGAGACAGUCCCAUUCGUGGUGACCCUGAAGGCCUCAGUACACGCCACCUUCUACAGCAUGGAGCUGGUAUGCAAGGUAUACCAGCAGGAACUCCUGCAGCAGUACCACAAGGAGCUGCAGGAGUGGAAGAGCGAGAAGUUGCGGCGGGAAGUGGAGUUCACCAUCACAGACAGGAAAGUGAAGAGAAGGGUGUACCACACAGCUGGUGAACCUGUGAGGAAGUACAAGACGCUGCCCCCCAUCAAGAAUGAGCAGCCUUUCAACCGACCUGCCAGCUGGAACCUUCAGACUCCAAAGGAGGAGACACCCUGGCCACACCCCCAGCCGCCCCAGCCGGGCACACUCUGCCUGGACCUCACUGCCUGUGCUCAUGCCACCGAGUACUUCCUGGCCAACUUCUUCUCUGACUUUCCCUGCUACUUCUUGUACCGGGAGCUGCCGAAGAGGAAGCAGCCCAAGGCAGAGGCCGAGACUUCCGAGGAGGGCUCCCUCGACAAGUGGACCCCCGUCUCCAAGCAGAAGAAACAGCUCCUAGUAGACUGUCUCACCACCAUCAUUAGGGGCCUGCUGGAAGACAAGAAUUUCCAUGAGGCCGUGGAUCAAAGCCUGGUGGAGCAGCAGGUACCCUACUUCUGCCAAUUCUGGAAUGAGGAGUCAGUCAGGUUCAAGGCCCAGAGAAGUAAACUGCACUUACUGCCAAUCGAGUCCUCGUCCUCUGACAGCUGGGAGGACAGGAAAGCCCAGGAGGACAAGCUGAAGCAAGGGAAGAAGGAAAGGGAGGAAGAGGAGAAGAGUGAAGAAGAAGAGGAGCUGCUGGAGGAGGAAGAGGAGGAAGAAGAGGAAGGGGAGGAGGAGGAGCAGGAAGAGGAGGAGGAGGAGGAGGAGGAGGAGGAGGAGGAGGGGCUGGGCAAGGAGGGACUGGAGGAGGAGGAGGAGGAGGAGCCGCUGGAGAGGGAAGAGAAGUUGACUUGGACAGAAAAUGACCCCACUCAGCUGCCCAAGUCCCAGGAGUCUCUGAAGUGGCAAUGGCAGCAGCAGCUAAAGGUCAUGGUGAAGGAGGAGCAGGAGCAGGAUGAGAAAGAGGCCAUCAGCCGGCUCCCAGCUUUCGCCAACCUGCGGGAGGCACUGCUGGAGAACAUGAUCCAGAACAUCCUGGUGGAGGCGAGCCGCGGGGAGGUGGUGCUCACGUCGCGGCCGCGCGUGAUCGCCCUCCCGCCUCUCAGCGGCCCCAGGACUCAGACUCCCGACCCACUGCUGGAGGUGGCCCCAGAGCCGUAGCCAUCGGAGGUGCCCCGCGACCCUCCC